AUACCUCUUGUCAUACUCACCACAUCACCCCCCAACACCCGCAGCCAUGUCCCUCCUAGCCCCAGGCCCCAUUCCGGCCGGCAUGCGCCCCUUCACGGAGGAAGAGGCCGGCAGAGCGACCUACUUCUUCGGCUCGGCGCCCUGGGGCGGGCCAGACUUCCGCGACAACAUCAAGCCAGAGUACUGCGACCCGGAGCCUCCGAUCAACGCCAAGGGCGGGGUGGAUUAUGAGGGCUGGCGGUGUGUUUUCUCGGCUGUGAUCAAUGAGGGCAUGUGCAACCCCCUGCAGAACAUGCACGGCGGCUGCUCGGCCACCAUUGUGGACAUCAUGACGUCCGCCGCGAUCGCAGUGCACUCGACCCCGACGUUCUGGGGCAUCCCGAUGCUGUCAGGCGUGUCGGUCACGCUCGACAUGCAGUACUUCCACCCGGGCUUGCUCGGGAAGAAGAUCAAGAUCGUGUGCGAGAUCGACAGGAUAAGCCCCACGCUGAGCAACUCGCACGCAGAUAUCGUCGAGUGGGACACAGGCAAGCGUAUCGCGUCCGGCACGCAUGUCAAGGCGUGGCGUCCGGCCAAGCUGUAGGCGGGCGGACCAGGCCUCGGACUCGGACGCGUCCGCCGGGCGGGCGGGAGGAAGUACAAGGUGGAAGAAGGCUAGAAGGUAGAGAAGGCAAGGAACGCAAUGC